AUGGGUAACAGAGCUUUCAAAACACAUCACGGUCACUACUUAGCCGCCGAACACGAUCAUUUAAAGACCCACCACUCACACCAUGAUCAUCAUGCUCAUUUCCACGUUGAAAGACACGGUGACAAAAUCGCUUUAAGAACCCAUCACGGUAAAUACGUUUCCAUCGGAGACCAUAAACAAGUAUAUCUCUCACAUCACUUCCAUGGUGAACACUCACUUUUCCACUUAGAUCAUCACCACGGUAAAGUUUUCAUCAGAGGUCAUCAUCAUCAUUACAUUGGCGUUGAUCAUCACGGUCAUGUACGUAGCACUCACGAAAGAGGACACGACGAAUUAUUUGAAGAAAUCAUUUGUUAAGAAAAUCACUAAAAAUGCCAUUUUUUAGAAAUAAAUAAAAAUAUUAAAGGGAUGCAGUUGAUAAACGGCUGCAUUUCUAUGUAUUAAUUGUAAA